UACUUGACCACCCUGGCAGGGAACGGAUCUAUUCUCAUGGCCAUAGGAACAGAUGCUCACCUCCAAACUCCAAUGUACUUCUUUCUGAGUAAUUUGUCACUGCUGGACAUCCUUUGUCCAACAGUCAUUGUACCAAAGAUGCUCCAAAUAUUCUUGUCAAAGGACAAGAAAAUAUCCUUUGUUGGCUGCGUACUGCAACUAUUUUUCUUGCUUGAUGUAUUGGGCACUGAAAUCUUCUUGCUUGCAGUGAUGGCUUAUGACCGCUAUGUGGCAAUAUGUAGUCCUUUACAUUAUGCUACUAUAAUGAAUAAACAAUGGUGUAUUCAAUUGAUGGCUGGAAUUUGGCUAUUGGGCUUAAUUAAUUCUGUGAUUCAUACCAUACUGAUCUUUAGAUUGUCUUUUUGUGGAUCUAAGAAACUCAACCAAUAUUUCUGUGAUCUUCAACCUGUGAUAGCUCUCUCUUGCUCUUCUACUUACCUUGUUGAAGUUGUUCAUCUACUUGUUGCCGGUAUUAUAGGUAGUGGGGCUUUUCUGGUCACCCUGAUCUCUUACAUCUACAUAAUUUCUACCAUCUUGCGCAUGGCUUCCACUGAGGGGAGGCACAAAGCCUUUUCCACUUGUGGUUCUCAUUUAAUUGUCGUAUGUCUUUUCUAUGGGGCCACCAUUGCUACCUAUGCUCGUCCCACCUCUUCUUAUUCAGGCAAACAGGGCAGAAUAAUUUCCAUGCUGUAUGGGAUUAUCACUCCCAUGCUGAACCCUAUGAUAUACAGUCUGAGAAAUAAGGAAGUUAAAAAAGCAUUGUAUAAAACCUUCAAUCUGAAAAUAUUUUCAUAG